AGGGAUAAUCCGUUCACCAGCGGCUGAUUGAUAGAAUGAAAAACACUAACUGUCGCAUGUAUACGCAUGUUCAAAUGUGUUUUAGUCGCGCGAUCUGUGUAACAAGGAUGUCCGCAACCAGAUUUAAAAGAUGUACUUUAAGCCGUAUUAACUCUCAUUUGUAUUUAUAAAAGGUUAAGAUAAGGUCAAUUGAUAUAACGGUCUAUAAAUGGAAAGACAAAAAAUACAUAUGGGUAAAACGACCAUAGCUGCGCAAGUCAGUAUUCAGAGAAGGAGACUGUGCUAAUUUUUCGAUAUUUAUUUGGCACUAAAAUCUUCUUUCAUUCACUACUAGAAUUGACAGUUUCUAUGAUGUUGUACUUUAAGUUUGUAUUUCUAGACCAUUGGAAUUUCUUAACAGUAUUUUAUGAAGAUACUAUAUUCGGUGCCUAAAUACAACGGUUAACUGCAAUAUUUAAAACCAAACCAAAAUGUUGAGAAUGGAGGGUGUUGUCGGUUGGAUGAAUGAAUCCUUACAAUUCAAAGACAACCAACACGUUCAAUUUGCCAAUGAUGCACGCGACACUUAUCAGAUCAAAGGCUUGCGUGAAAAUGGAUCCGCCAAUUAUAGUGGCAUGGAUAAAUCCAGACCAGAAUUGUCAUAUCAAUCAUGUCAUGUUGAAUUCAAAGGUGUACAUGAGAAAAAGGCCAACCUGCAACCUGACGAAGGGUCUCAAAAGAUAGUGUCCGUUAAUUCGUGGUCUGAUGACUGGUUAGAAUCCAAGAAGAAAGGCAUGUAUGACAAUCAGUCCGAUAAAGAUUCAGCAGGCCCGUGCAAAAUUUUGUCCGCAAGUGAAAAUAUAAAAAUGGAGGAUGUUGACAAUAAGGAUGUUUGCGGGAAUGAAUGUUCUUCAGAUAAAAGGACCAGCCAGGAAUCUAAUAUAUGUACACGUGUUCCAUCUUCGAAGACACUAAAAUAUCCUGUUGUUUAUAUCAAGGGACAAGGGUGGUUCGGCAUGAAUGAUGUGGUCCAAGAAAAGGUUCUUAUAAAGUUUCCAGAUGAUACUACGACUAUCAACACAGCUAAAUACAGUUCUUCGAUGAUAGACAAAUCUAGAAAGCAACCAUCUACAUCGGGGAAUUGUUUACCUAUAAGUUUAUUCCGAUGCGCAUGUCUUUACUUCUGGCAGGUAUGAUAAUUGCGUUUAGCAAAAUAUAUGAGAAUAUUUAUUGCUUUCUAAGUGGUAAGAAGUAAUAAAUUUGUUUACAUUGAUUCAUAAUGUUUAAGAUAUGCAUAACUGCCGUAUGGUGUUAUGAGAUAAUAAACAAUACUGGAUCUAUUAUAAACGAGAAAUAACCUGAUGAAGAGAAUAAAAUAAAAUAUUUUUUACCCAUGCGUCUGCAGUGCAGAUGUAAAAUGUCUGUAAACUGUAACACAAAGGAGUUAGAGAGAACAAGACUUUAUGAGAUAAACUCGGACAUUGCCAAUUUGUUAUAGGAACAAGGAUUUUGUUUGCUGUUUGCUGUUUCUUUUCCUGAAUGUUAUAUGCAGACCUUUUAUGAUAAGCAAACAACUUAUCGCGCGAAACGAUAAAUACGGCAUCUACUGUCGAUUUGAAAUACCAUUAUUCAUUCAUAUAUCACUAGUAACAGCUGCAAUUGUUCUUUAGAUACAUGUAUAAUUGUUCAGUUAAUUACAUAACACAUUAAUCCUUCCUACAGGUAUUUCAUUCGUAUAACAACACAACAAUAUCAAUUUACACAUGCUAAGUUAAACCUGAAGAAGUAUUCCUUUGAAGUUUAACUUUUACCUUAGUCUAGAAUUGCUCUGCCGUCCAACGACUGUGCUGUCAGAUAAGCUGGUGCCUUGUUCCUUGUCUGUCAAAACAGCCGUUGGACGUCAGAGUAAUCUCGGACUACUUUUACCUCAACAUUUUCACUUUUUACUU